AUGACGUUGAGAGAAUUCAGAGAUAUCGGCCGGGGUUCCAACCCGUUGCGUAUCGUGGACAUGUUUGGGGAGCUUGGGGUUGGCUCUCCAAACGAGGUGCAGUUACUGUGCCUCGACGGUUCCGUCCCACCACCACCAGCUCCCAGACGAAUCGUUGAAGCGAUCAGCUUCAAGGGUAUAAACCCCAGUCUACUAUCCGGUAAUGUCUGUAUCGUUGAUUUCGGAUUGUCAUUUCUCACCGAUAGUCCUCCGCCUGGCAUCCCUGGGACGCCCCGCUCCUUCCUUGCACCAGAACUAUGUUUCGGGGCGCAGAGGUCGCCGACAAACGACGUAUGGGGCCUGGGUUGCCUGAUAUUCGAACUCUACACCGACCGGGUUCUCUUCCCGCUCAUCUUUGACCAGCUGGACCUCCUGAUUGGGACAAUUGUCGACACGCAAGGUCAACUCCCUCCGCGGUGGGAGGGCCACUUUGUCAACCAGGCCGACCGGGUCUUCGAGCCAGGACACAAGGACUUUUGGUACGAUCCGUCCUUCAAGCCGAACCGGCCUCUCGAGCGUCAGGUUGCCGAGAAGUGCCCGCAAAUUCCGGAGCAUCGGAGGCGGUUUUUCCUGGACCUCCUGGCUGGUGCGCUGAGCUUGGAUCCUACCCGUCGGCUCAGGGCCGCAGAGAUUGCGGCACACCCGUGGUUCUCCUUGGGAGACAGCCCAGAAGAGAGUUAA